GCAAAUUCUGGAACAGACACGCUUUCCUUCGACCGAUUUGCGCGAACAGCUGGCACGAGAACUGGCGAUGACACCUCGGCGUGUUCAAAUAUGGUUCCAAAACAGACGUCAAGGCAUGAAAAAGACGCAAGACCAACGCACCGAUCCUGAACCUACUCCUACUCCUACGAACACUUACAAUCGGGCUAGAGGUUAUAGCUUUGGUACCUAUCCUGUCCCUUCCGAUGCUUCUCCCCAUCCUCAAAGCCAGCCGCAGAACUCUGUCUACCCAUCGGGUCUUCCGGCUUACACUCCAACAGCGCCAGCCUCGUCGAAUCCAGUCUUUGAUUCACUUCCGAAUCACCUGUACACAUCUCGACCCUUUGCCCGAGACGGAAUGCCUAGGCAGCUCCCUCAGCUUCAACUUCGCAACAAUGCAUCCAACUCAUCUCUUUCGACCCUCAAUGAAAGCGCAUGUAGUGACUUUGCGUGGUCAGAGCCAUCUGCCGCAAGUAGCACUUGGAAUGGAAGCACUGCCGGCUAUCCUAUCAUCUCCGCUCCCUCGUUUGCCGACCGAGAGAGACUGUUUCCGUUUGGAAAACAACUCAGUCAUCCUUAUGAAUCUGCUCAUUCUCAAGAGUUUUCUAUCCACAACCAACCAGCCGGACGACAAGAUCAUCCUGCAAGUCGUAGUCGAAGCCAGACCAAUCCGGAUUUCUUUCAACUUGACAUGGCUAAUAACAUGCAUCAUCCUCUAUCUCAAUCUGAACUUAGCCAUCAGAGCAGUUCACAGCUUUCCCAAGAUAGUUUCCGUAAAGCGGACGAGUACGCUACGCCAACUCAACGAUUAAUGUCUCUUGAAACAGAUUGUAUUCCAGAUCGUCCUGACAGCGUGGCCGACACAUCUGCUUACGACAGCUUCAAUCUACAUGAUCAAGUCGAGACGGCAUCCUCCAGUGGAGAAUGGAAUGACGCUCUAUCCCGGUUGAAAGUAGCGGAUUAUCCCGACUCUAGAUCCCCUAAACAUUCCAUGGACCGGAUGUUGUCUUUUCAUGGAGGUCUUGAACACAGUAUCUACCCUUUGAAUUAUUCUACUCCUGAUUACACCAAUGAUCCGAUGAUGGGCAGACACUGCGCUGAUAUACCAAACGAAUUGAGUACAUCAGACUACGUGGGUGUAGGGGGAAACUCGCAUUUACAUCUCACCGAACCUCAAAUGAUCAAUGGGCCAGAAGACCUUGAUAAAUGCAUUCAGUCUAGCUCUCCAGGCCAUUAUCGACAACGUAGCCGAUCAUUCAAUGGAUAGAGCUUAUCAAGGCUUAUCAAACAAGUAUAUCAUUAUGAUCAAAACCUUGCCCUUCACGAAUGAUGGGUAGCUUAAUUCAUUUCCUUUUAUCUCGGAUUGGUUAUAACGAAAACAUUUCAACUUUCUCCCCCUUGAUCUUUCCCCCCCUGAUCUUUUUUACUUAUUCAUUUAACAAUAUCGCAUGGAUCUGCUGGGUACAUAGAUUGUAUGAUUAUUUUCUUUUUUAUUUUUUCCAUUUGAUUUUUCGUUUUCUCUUCUUUAGAUUGUUGUAUUGUUUUUUUUCUCUCUCUCUCUCUCUCUGCAUCUUGUAUCAUCAUCGCAUUCUGCAUUGUUUCCUUUUUUGUACUCUUAUUAUCGGCAUCAUUUUUUCUUUCUUUGAGAGAGCACUCUAUAUACGACAUUGGUUAUCGUUAUUGUAUGCCUUCAUCUUGUAGGAGCUUUGUAAUGAUUAUAUUGCAUUUUUUUAAAAACUUGAC